AUUCUACAACAUCAAAAUAAUGGCUGGCGUGUGGCAACAGCAGGUGUUUGCUUUGGAUGCGAAGUAUAAUGCUCAUCGAGCGCCUAAUCAUCCAAACUUUAGAACUUUGUACAUUCGCAGACGAAGCCAGCUUCUGAGAGAGUAUGCCAAAGGAGAGGAUACAGUGUUGCGAAAGCAGUAUAUCAAAAUAAGAAGCCAACUCCUGCAACAGAGGUAUGGCCUAUCAUUUGAUCAGAGCAGUCUCCGUAGCAGGAGUGCGAGGAGUAGCAGUCGGAUCAGUGAAUCUCCUGAGAGCUCAAGACUACAACAGGAAAGCAUUAUGAGUGAGCAAGGAAUAGUGGUACCUACAAAACAGGCAGAGGCAUCACGAGCUAUUGUGGGUGGCACAACAAUCGCUGAGAACUAUGCUUUUGUUGGAGUCCAUCAUAUAUUUGAUCAGCACACAGCUGCUGUCACAGUAUUGAAAUUUGCAAAUAAUGAUCGUUCUCAUUUAUGUUGUGCAUCUUUUGAUGGAACUGUUUCCAUAUGCAAUGUGACAGCAACUCCUCCAUGUGUUGAAGUUAUUUUGAGAGGCCAUAAGAAAGCUGUUACAGAUUGUGAUUGGUCUGUUUCAAAUGAUCUAAUGGUAAGCUGUUCACUGGAUGGGACACUGUGCUUGUGGCAUGUGGCAACACAGAAAUGUUUAAGAGUUGUUAAAGACCAGAUGGGUUCAGAAAUGCUUUCCUGCCUCUUUCAGCCAGCAAAUAAUAAUAUGGUUGUUGCUGGUAAUUCACGAGGUAUGAUGGAGGUACUGAAUGUAUCAACAGGCAUCUAUCCAAGAGGUGGUAGCAGCAAGCUAGGAGGCAAAGUCUUAGGAUUGGCAUUUGAUUCCAGUGGACAGAUGCUUUGGGCAGGAAAUGAUAAGGGUGUGAUAGUAUCUUUCUUGUUUGAACUGGCUACUGGUCGUUUGAGUAAAUGUCGUCGUAUUGUAGUAGCAGAGAAUUGCCCUAUAACUUGCAUUUCAUGGCGAGCAUGGAUCAGUCGGGAAGCGAGAGAUCCAACACUUCUUGUCAACUGUGCUGCAAAUGUUGUUUGCCUUUUCAGGGUUGUAGAUAAGGAAGGAAGUCUGCAGCUGAGGCGCAAGUUUUCUAUUAGGCACAAGAAUUACUUAGUGCGAUCCACUUUCUGCCCUAUCAUGUCCUUCCGGCAGGGAGCAUGUGUUGUUACUGGAAGUGAAGACUCCUGUGUGUACUUCUUUGACAUUGAACGCGAUGGGAAGGCUUGUGUCAACAAGUUGCAAGGACAUGCUUCUCCUGUACUGGGUGUUAGCUUCAACUAUGAUGAGUCCCUAUUAGCAACAAGUGAUUAUCAAGGUCUUGUUAUAAUAUGGGAGAGAGAAAAACGACCCGGAAGUGAGAAAUGUCGGGGAAAUCCUAGCUGAUAUAGCUCACUAUUUAACAAAUAAUUUAUGAAAUGAAAUAUUUUAUUUACAGCAUCUAUAUUCAGAUUCUGCAGUGUCGUAUCAUUUUUUUUGUUGUGUAUUGUUACUGCUUUAUUUACUAAUUUAUUUGGAAAAAAUGUUGAUUGUUACUAUUUAUUACGAGAAUCCUAGCGGAGUUUUUGAUGUUAAUGUUCUUAAGAACUUUGGUGGCCACACUGUAAUUACAUGCUUGUUACAUGAGGACAAUAAAACACA